UCUUCUUUUGCCUCUUUAUUAUUUCAUAUUGUUCAUCCAUGGCUUUGCCAUCUUCUUCUUCGAUUAACUCACAAGCCAAAUAUGAUGUCUUCCUUAGUUUUAGGGGUGAGGAUACUCGAGAUAACUUUACAAGCCAUCUCUAUGCUGCUCUAUGUCGAAAACAAAUCAAGACAUUCAUUGAUUAUGAUGGACUUAAGAGGGGAGAUGAAAUUUCACCCGUACUCUUGAAAGCAAUUGAAGAAUCAAAGAUUUCAAUCAUUAUUUUGUCAAAAGACUAUGCUGAUUCCAAAUGGUGCUUGGAUGAACUUGCAAAGAUUAUUGAAUGCAAGAAUAUGAAUGGCCAAAUGGUUAUACCGAUUUUCUACCAUGUAAAUCCAUCAGAUGUGCGGAAGCAAACCGGAAGUUUUGAGAAUGCUUUUGUCAUACACGAAAAAUGUUUCAAGGAGUUGAAGGAAAAAAUUCAGAGGUGGAAGGAUGCUUUGACUGAAGCAUCUAAUCUAUCCGGAUGGGAUUCAAUGAUGAUUAGGCCUGAUUCCAAACUAGUAGAGGAAACUGUCAAAGAUGUUUUGAAGAAAUUGAAUUAUAGAUCGCCCUCAAGUCAUUGGAAAGAUCUGGUGGGAAUAGAUUCACACAUCGAGAAAGUUGUAUCAUUAUUAUGCAUUGGGUCAUUAGAUUUUCGAGUUGGAUUGAAUGAGAAAAAGUCUUAUAAAGAGGUGAACAAUAUGGAAGAAAAAGCAGUUACAGUAUAA